AUGAGAGGAUUUGAUUGGUUUUCUGAUUCCACUCCUAAUUCAACCAUGAAUCAUCACACUAUGAGAUCUGUUGGGGAUGAUGACGUUGAUGAUGAUGAGUACGUCCCAUCAACAGAUUCUGAUGGGGAUGAUGAAGAGGAAGAAGAAGCAGAUGAGCGGGAGUCAGCUCGAGUGGAUUAUGGAACAUUUGCAGAGCAUAUUGCGUGGAUACGCCGCGAGGGUGGAAUUGGCGAGCUUAUGGCGAUGAUAAUGCAAACAAACCCACGAGGUCUGUCUGAAGAUUUAGGCCCAGAAGCAUCGCAGGAGUUGAGGAAUUGGUUAGUUCCGAUUAUUCCAGAAGAUUUUAUAGAGAAUCUUUUUGCUGGUAGACUUGCUGACAUACCAAAUCCCGACGAACUAACUGAAGGUUCGAUAUUCGAAAGCAAAGAACUUCUCAAGCUAGCUUUACGAGCCACUCAGCAGGGAUCUUUUUGGUUUAUUCGCAAGUUUGGGCCUGCGCAUACUUGCAUUGGGGACAUGGUAAACACUGGUGUGCGAAAGUUCCAUGCUCGAGUCAUCGCAGCACAUAUUGCGAAGAAAAUACGUGAGGAUGGUGAAAUCGUGAAGCCGAGGACUAUUAUGGCCGACCUACAGCGGGAAUAUGGUGUGAAUAUCAGUUACAGUGUGGCAAUUCGAGCAAGAAAUGGUUUCGUUGAGAUAAUAUAUGGGGGGCACAAAGAAUCGUAUUCAUUGCUCCCUGCCUACUUACACAUGUUAAGGACGUGCAAUCCAGGAUUGUUGACAGACUUGGAAAUUGAUGCUAGUGGUCGGUUCAAGCACCUUUUUGUGGCACUAGAUUCAUGUAGACUGGCAUAUACUAUGUGCCUAAGGCCAGUAAUUGUGGUAGAUGGCACACACUUGAAGGGACGUAACAAAGGUAUAUUGUUUGUUGCAGUGACGAAGGAUGGCAACGAACAAGUCUUUCCCUUGGCAUUCGGUGUUGGGCCUAUAGAGAAUGAUGAAUCAUGGAUGUGGUUUUUGUCUCGACUGAAGUCAGCUUAUGGUGAGAAUUCAGAAAUGUUGAUUGUUUCUGAUGCACAUUUUAGUAUAGUGAAUGCUGUGAAAGCUGUAUAUCCGGAGGUUGCACAUGGUUUGUGUUACUACCAUCUGUUGAACAAACUCACUCGAUUUGGCAAGGCAGCAGUUGCACUAUACCAGAAAGCAGCUUAUGCAUAUAGAGAAAGUGAGUUUGAUGCUGCGAUGGCAAGUUUAAAAGCUCUUAAGGAAGAAGGUGGAGCUUAUAGCAAAUUGAUGCAGGUUGGCCCGGAGAAAUGGUCAAGAUGUAAGUGUCUUGUUCCACGAUAUAGUUUCUUAACAUCAAAUAUUGUUGAAUCGUUCAAUUCUCGUUUAUUGUGGGCAAGAAGGUUGCCCAUAUGUUCCAUGGUUGAGGCAAUUCGUCAUAUCAUAGAAAAGUGGUUCAAUGAAAGACAUGAAGCCGCCAAGUCAUUUUCUGCUGAUGUGACACCGGAAGCUCUAAGCAAGCUAACUGUUGAAUUGGAAAGAUCAAGGAGAUAUGAGGUCGUUCCCAUGUCACGUACUGCUUUCAAGGUUAAGAGUUCUAACAAGACUUUUAAAGUGAACCUUGAAACGCAAUCAUGCACGUGUGUGGAGUGGGAUACGAACAGGCUACCAUGCUCGCAUGCAGUUGCAGCCAUAAGACAUACAGGUGAUGAUAUAUCUAAGCAUGUGGGGGAUUAUUAUCAGGCUGCAAAAUUGCGCGAGGCAUACUCGUAUCGAGUUAAUUCAGUGCCCUCACUAGCUUCAUGGACGAUUCCUGCAAACCUUCAAGGUAUUGCCAUUGAUCCGCCUAAAAUCGGUAAACAAGCUGGACGUCCAAAGAGCACGCGCCAUCGGGCACCAACUGAAAGAACUACAUCAAGACGAAGAAAUGAAUCAGAGAAUGCUGCUUCAGGUAGCAGUAGCCGUGGCCCUCUAACAUGUAGCUUGUGUGGAUCUGAAUCGCACACUAUUGACAUAUGUCCUUAUUUGAACUAUGUUUGA